GCGUGCUUCCCUUGAGCGUGUUAGUAAAUUCUGGGACAUGCUGCAGAUAGUUUUAGAUUAUACAGUGGUCUGGUGAUUUUAAUAAAAGUCUGCUGCAUGCUGGGUUUAAUCAAUUAAAGUCUACGAAAGGUUCAUGAGUAUAUGAUAAAUGUCUGACGUCAUGAUGUAACGUGACUUGAUUUGUUUUUGCUCAGCUGCUGAAGUUUGUGAGAAAUAAGCCCAAUGAAAUGCAGCUGCUCAAUAGUUAGAACUAACUUUCUGUCGAUCGAUCAUACAGCAAGCACUGGGAUUUAAGCUACAUUUUCGACUGCAGGAUCCAAAAAAGUCGUUUCAGAGAUGCAGAUGCACUUUGAAGCAUCGAGCACGGUCACGUUGCUCUUUGACUUCUGGAGUGUACAUGGACCUGGAGGAAUGGUUCUUUCAGUUCUGGUGGUACUGAUGCUCACAGUAUUAUACGAGUUCCUCAAGGUGUGGAAGAACAUUCUUGUCAAACGGUCUGAAAAACUUCUCGCCCCUUCUGUCUCUGCCACCUCCUCUCCAAAUCCGCCCUGCUUUUCUCCAGUGCUGGAACAUCCAGAGAGCACCUCCUCGCUAGCUAACAGUCCUUCGCAAGUUUCUCUGGCUCCCACGGAGAAUACGACUACGCCUGUUCUCGACACUUCCACUAUAAACAGCUGGCUUCUUCAUGGCGUCAGGACAGGACUGCAUGUUGUUCAGGUGGUUCUGGGAUACAUGCUCAUGCUCUGCGUCAUGUCCUACAACGUCUGGAUUUUCCUCGGAGUGAUUGUGGGCUCUUUGUUAGGCUACUUCAUUGCUUUCCCUCUCUCAGGUUAUGCGAUGUAACUGACCUGGGGUAAAGUAGCUGCUACUAAUCAGGGAUUUAGUUCCUUUUUCUUGUUCUAGGCUGACAAACUAUAUACAGUAUAGUACAAAUUACCUAGAAGUGCUGCCAGUGUUUAACCGCAGCACCAGAGCAGGUCAAGUGUUUGUACCUGGUAUACAAAAGUAUGAGGUUUUUAUGGUGCAUGAGUUUUCAUGGAUUUGUCCUGUUUUUGUUUGAGAAUGCCACGCUGUUUGAACUGAAUCAUAAUGCAUAAACGUUAAUUAGUUUUCAGAGUGCAAACACUAGACGUUAGGUUUUAACCCACUGUAAUUUAAACGGUGCAGUUUCUCAUGACUGCUGUGUCGAUUUACCUGAUCUCCUGUUUAUACACUGCAUCUCCAACAAAGGAGGCAUGUGAUAGUCAGGAAUGACUUGACUUUACUUCCCUUUUGAGAGAUGUGAACUCCUGUGGUUUCACAGAUUUUGUAACUCAUGAUAGACACAAUAUUCACGUGUCAGUGACCCGUUUUGUUUUUGUUUUCUGUACAGGAAGUAACAGUAACUGAUGAUCAUGUGGCCUUAUAUAAAAUGCAUGAGUGAAAGACGAAAGGAGGGGUUUUUUUUUUCCAAGUAAAUUCUAAUUUACUACUGCUAUUGUUCUCUAACAUUUUUGCUGUAACUGAGUUCCCCCCCCUCCACAACACCUUUUUUUUUUAUUAAAUUAAAUUGGUUUGGUGAAAA